CGCCUGAUUUGGUGUGAAUGCGGCCUAUCACGUUCACAUAAACAGGUGCUCCGAUGACAUCACAACCAAUAGGAGCAGCAGCUGAGGUCACAUGGUCACGGACACAAUUAAGAAGACAAGUGAAUGCAGCUGCUGAUGAGCGGAGCUGUGCUGCAGUUUCACCUCCAACAUUGUUGAGGAAGCUGGACGGAGUGAUGGGGGAGUCUCGGCUCGUGGUGGAGGAAGUGCUGGCUCUCUGCCUUCAGAGGAUCGCCAUAGAGGAAAACACUAUGAACACCGAGCUGGAGUUUAUCGAGGUGGUUAAAAAGUUUGAGACCUUCAGGAAGAAAUGGCUGCAGGCCGAGCUGGAGCUGAAGAAGUACAAGGAGCUGCUGGUGAAGUCUGACGUGGCCAAAGCCGCUCUGGAAGUCAAACUGAAACACGCUCGCAACCAGCUGGACUUGGAGAUGAAGAAACGCUACAGGAUGGAAGCCGACUAUCACUACUUGCAGAGGCAGAUGCAGCUGAUGUGUGACAUCCUGGUCCAUGACAGCAAAUCCAGCGCCUGUCUGAACGACGAGCAGAAAUCUCUUUUGGCCACUUUUGAACACAAAGGAGCGAAUGUGACUCUCCUGCACAGGAGCAGUAAACGGUUGUCGGUCAUUGACGAGUCGUCGUUCCUGUCGCACUCUGAUAUCAGCUACGAUCGGACCGAUGAUGACGUGGACGUGGACACAUCUGUGAUUAAACCGCUGAGAUCUCGAGCCAGAGAGAGGAGGAGAUCGUCGAUGGGUCUGACUGUCGGCGCUCCGGUUGGGAGGCGAGGGAGAGGCGGGAACGUCUCUGUAGAGCCGCUGGAGAGAAGAACUGUGGAGAAGGAGGUUGAGACGAUCGUGGAGGCGUCAGUGACGACCGCAGACACUGGAGGGAAGAUUCACAUGGUGGUGGGCAUCACACAGGAGAGCCCCGACAACCCGACCCGCUCCAUCACCCAGGAGUGUGCUGUCUCAGUCUGUGGCAGUGGAGGAGGAGGAGGAGGAGGAGGAGGAGAUGACACGUCGGUGUGGUGUCCGUGUGAUGAGACUGUGGCAGAACCUGAAACCGAAGCAAAGCUGGAGGAGAGCGUCGCCGUCAGAGCGGAGAAAACCCUGAAACAUGUUUUUGUGUCUAAAACGGUGAUAUGGACCGAGACGUGCUCGCCGUGCGGCAAGAGGAUCCGCUUUGGGAAGAUUGCGAUGAAGUGCAGAAAAUGCCGAUUGAUCGCUCAUCCAGAGUGCAAACACAAAUGCGUCAACAGCUGCUCCAGCACCACACCAGGAACUGCAGCUCAGACGAACUCGUUGGAAAGUUUUGCUCCGAUGAAGAAUCCCAGAGUUCCUCAGCUGAUCGUCGAGUGUGUGACUGAGAUCGAGAGGAGAGGACUGCAGGAGAGGGGUCUGUACAGAGUUCCUGGAGGUGAGCGGCUGGUGAGGGAUCUCAGGGAUCGCUUCCUUCAGGGGAAAACUCCGCUCAUGCUCAGUAGAGUUCAGGACGUCCACGUGCUGUGCGGCCUCCUCAAAGACUUUCUGAGGACGCUGAAGGAGCCGCUGGUCACCUUCAAACUGCACCGCACAUUCAUGGAGGCUGCAGAGAUGUCUGAUGAAGACGGCAGCACUGCCGCCAUUUUUCAGGCUGUAGCAGAGCUGCCAAAAACCAACAAAGACACUCUGGCUUUCCUCAUGCUGCACUUUCACAAGGUCAUGAAGAGUCCUCGGUGUCAGAUGGACCAGAAUAAUCUGUCCCGGGUGUUUGGGCCGACUCUGGUGGGACACGGGAUGUCUGCGCCGUCUCCAGCAACCAUCCUGAAAGACACGCUCACUCAGAUGAAGGUUGUUUGCCGCUUGUUGUCAAUCCCUGAAGAAUCAUGGAGACGUAUCUUUGAUGUCCGCACCAACCAGACCCCAUCAUCAUCAUCAUCAUCCUCCUCCUCCUCCUCCACUACCAACAAGACCAGCAGCCAGGACGAAGGACACGCUCGUCUCUUCCAGCCGCUGACGUCUCCGGAGUUAAACAGCUACUACACAGCUGCAGGCAGAGGAUCUGUGAGAGGCCGGAUCAGGAACCUGGGCGCCGCUUCCAGCAACACUGGACGAGCAGAACCGGGGAGAAGAUUCUUCACUUCACCCAACUGACCUCUGCACUGAAACUACGCACUAAACAUCAGUUUACUGUUUUAGCUGUUAGAGAUACUUUACUGUUUCAUAUCAACAGAAAAUUACACAAUGUGACGUCAGAUGUCAAACUGCCACUUUUUUGAAGAAAAUUAAUCUUGGAAAGGAUUUCAUUUUUACUCUGUGCAGUGCAUUCAGAUGUGACUGUAUUUCAUCUGAACACUUCAUUUAGUCUCUUUUCCAGGUUUAAAGGCAGAUCAGACUGAAGGUGUCGUGUUGUACUGCCUGUCUGUGUGUUUACUGAAGAACUGAUAUGAUGGAAAUGUUUUCUUUGUGUGUAUAAAUGUUGUGUAAUUGCUGGGAUUGACGCUCCUUAAGCUUCUUUUCAUACAAGAAGCUCUGAAGCCUGAAACACACCUGGAUGUGUUUUAUAAAAAUAAAAAAUAAAAAAUCACCUGUUCAUCCUCAGCAUGUUAUAAACACACUGAGACAAACUCUCAGACUGAUGGACGAACACCUCCUCCUGCUGACGGCUGUUAGAGCGCCGCUCACAUCAUGAUUUAAACUGUCAGACAGAAAUGUUGCAGCAGCAGCGUCUGAAGCAAACUGUGUGUUUGUGUGUUUCAGGCUUCACACACAGUCACAUGUGAAGCACUUUAAACUGUGAAAAAGAAAAAAAGCACCGACAUGUUUUUGAAUGUAAGAAACUAAUAAAGUUAAUUAUUUGAACCUGCA